AAAACGCCCAGGUCCGUCCCCUUUUUCGUGGAAUUUGCUAGCCUUCGCAGGUUUUGCUUCCCCAUUCUAGAACCGAUCACCAUGGCAACUGGACAGAAGUUGAUGAGAGCGAUUCGAGUUUUUGAAUUUGGUGGACCCGAAGUGCUGAAACUCCAGUCGGAUAUGGCAGUACCAAUUCCAACAGACCAUCAGGUUCUAAUCAAAGUCCAUGCAUGUGGUAUAAACCCAGUGGAAACAUACAUUCGUUCUGGUACUUACAGUAGAAAACCACUCUUACCUUAUACUCCUGGUUCCGAUGUGGCUGGCAUAGUAGAAGCUGUUGGAGAUAAUGUAUCCACUUUCAAGAAAGGUGACAGGGUUUUCACUACUAGCACCAUCUCAGGGGGCUAUGCCGAGUAUGCUCUCGCAGCCGAUCACACCGUUUACACGCUACCAGGAAAACUGGACUUGAAGCAAGGAGCUGCCAUUGGUAUUCCCUAUUUUACUGCUUAUCGAGCCCUGCUCCACAGUGCCCGUGUGAAAGCUGGAGAAAGUGUUCUGGUUCAUGGGGCUAGUGGAGGAGUUGGACUAGCAGCAUGCCAAAUUGCCAGAGCUUACGGCUUAAAGGUUUUGGGCACAGCUGGUACUGAGGAAGGACAAAAUAUUGUUUUGCAAAAUGGAGCCCAUGAAGUGUUCAAUCACAGAGAACCUAAUUAUAUUGAUAAAAUUAAGAAAUCUGUUGGUGAAAAAGGAAUUGAUGUGAUCAUUGAAAUGUUAGCUAAUGUAAAUCUUAGUAAUGAUUUGAAUCUUCUGUCAUAUGGAGGACGAGUAAUAGUUGUUGGCAGCAGAGGUCCUAUUGAAAUAAACCCACGGGACACCAUGGCAAAGGAAUCUAGUAUAAUUGGAGUUGCUCUGUAUUCAUCAACUAAGGAGGAGUUUAGGCAAUUUGCAGCAGCCCUUCAAGCUGGAAUGGAAAUUGGUUGGUUGAAACCUGUAAUAGGUUCUCAGUAUUCGCUGGAGAAGGUGGCCCAGGCUCACAAAAAUAUCAUCCAUAACAGUGGAACUAGUGGGAAAAUGAUUCUUCUCUUAGAAUGACUAAUUCUUUCAUGUCUUCCUAAUGUAGUUAGAGGGUUCCUGCCCCAGUUUUACUCACACUACCUUUGCUCUAAUCAGCAUUUGUUGGAUUCAGUGAGUUUCUCAUGUUAAAAAACAAGAUUUAUCUUUAGAGAUGCGGUCAUUGGAGUACAAUUUAUUUUACAGCUCACAAUAUUCUUUACGCCUCCCGCCUGCCUUGAAUCAAGAAGUCAUUAUAGUAGGAAGUAGAGUGUCAGUAGUCAUUUGGCAUUGGGUACAUUACAGAAAUGCCUGGUACUUGGUCAUUAAUUCCACACCUUUGACAAAAGCAAGUUAAUUCAAAAUGAGGCUGUGUGGUUUCCAAGCCUACUUGUUCUUAUGAAGGUUCUUUAGUAUCUGGUUAGCUCAGAACUGUAUCAUACUCUGAAGAUUUUCUGGACUAAAUAAGACCCCUUUUCUAAACUUCUCUCAUCUGGAUCUGCAAGUCUUUUGCAAGGGCAAGAUAAUGUCUAGAGAAAUUUGUUUUUUAACAAAUAGUUUUCCAGUAUUUCCCCAAAUAUUAGCACAUCCACUGUGUUGAUGGUUGAUUGCUCAUUAUCCAUAUAUUCUGGGAAGAGGACAGCCUUACUUUUGGUGUAGUAAGAUAGGUAGGUACGUAGUCUCCUGACAGAUACUUCUUGAUUGAUUUGAUUUUCAAACUAGAUUUAGAAUUAUCUGUGUAAUGGGAGUCAUAUGUUUUUGUUUAAAUUAAUAAACAAGUCUGACACAUGAAGAGUGAUCUGCUUUUGUCUUCAUUACAUGGUGACCUGCAGUAAAUUCUGUAGAAAAAAUAAAACCUGUGUUUAUCUAUUUGGUCUUGAUAUAGUACUUGUCUUACAUCUCUUUUACAUAAUUCCUAUUGGUUAAUUUCUAACAGUGUUCUGUGCUGGAAGUCCUUAUCGAAACUAAAAAAGGAAUGAUUUCUUAGAAAUCUUGACAUCAAUGUCAUGUGCAAGGAAAUGAAGUUUGUUAAUUUUGUUCUUUUCUCCAUAUGCGCGUAGCCUCCUGUAUGCGUACAAACACACACGCACAUACACACACAUAUAUGUAUAAAGAGAUUUAUGGAAUUUUCUCAUAGUUAUGGGGGCUGAUAAGCCUAAAUCCAUAGGGUGGGCUAGCAGGAUUUCUAAUUUGCAGUAUUCUUUCUCUGGGAAACCUCAGGUUUCAUUCUGAAGGCUUUCAACCCAAUGAGUGAAGCCCACCUGCGUUAUUGAGCAUAAUCUACCUAAAAUCACCUGGUGACUCUUUGUAAACCCCUAAACGAAACAUGGCAAUAUUAUGUUGAUACAUAAAACCAAUCAUCACAAGAAGGUGACACAGAGACACAGAUGAGGGGCACUUAGUGUAGGUUGGGAUUUCUAAUUACAUGUUUAAUAUUUUUGAUGUAUUUGUUAGCUGCCUUCAUCCAGAGUAGCUUUGGCCCUGGAAGUACAAAAUAACAUGCAAGCUUCUGAAGACAGAAAAAGGUGGUGGGGGGGGGGGGGUGGUAACAUUUUAUAAUGUCCUUAGCUUAGCUUUCCUGAGGCAAGGGGCUAUGUGUGCCAAGGGGCUUCCAUAAUUCACAGUGUAAAGAACCUUUUUUCUGUGCAGGAUAACAUUCAAGAAUAACCAAACCUGUCGAGUCACUUUGACCUGGCUCUGCCUGCCUCCUCACCUACAUCUCGCAGACGGGAAAACACGUCAGCUCAAACCUUCAUUAUUUUUCCCACACUGCCAUUUUUUAGCAUAGUGAUUU